UUGGCCAUGCCGGUUCUGCGUUGUGUGGCGCCCAUUCUCUGUCGCCAUGGCCGCCAGCUGCAGUCCCCUGGCCGGGGCUCUGUGCUCGCAGGUUCUGGCCUCGGUGGAUGCACUGUUGUUCGACUGCGACGGGGUGCUGUGGAAAGGGGAGAGCGAGAUCCCCGGGGCGGCGGCGCUGGUGAACCGGCUGCAGGAGCGGGGGAAGCUGGUCUUCUUCCUGACCAACAACAGCACCAAGAGCCGGGAGAUGUACGUGGAGAAGCUGCGGCGCCUGGGCUUCCGAGCGCGCUGCGAGCAGGUGUUCGCCACCGCGCCCUGCGCUGCCCUCUACUUGCGCCAGGAGGCCAAACUCUGCGGCUCCGUCUACCUGAUCGGCGGCGCGGCCCUGCGCGGGGAGCUGCAGGCCCAGGGGAUCGCCUGCUCCGGCACAGGCCCCGGCCCCGAGCUCAUCCCCGGGUCUGGGCCCGUCCAGACGUGGGCGGCUGAGCCCCUAGACCCCGCCGUGGCCGCGGUGCUCGUUGGCUUCGACGAACAUUUCACGUACAUGAAGCUGUGCCGGGCCUCCCGCUACCUGCAGGAUCCCGCCUGCAUCUUCCUGGCCACCAACACCGACACGCUGCUGCCUUUGGAGGGCGGCGGGAUUCCGGGCACAGGCUGCUUGGUGAAGGCAGUUGAGGCAGCGUCAAAGCGCACUGCUUAUGUCAUCGGCAAGCCCAAUGAUUUUAUGUUCAAGUGCAUGGUAAAAGAGCAUGGCGUCGACCCAAGCAGGACAGUCAUGGUGGGAGACCGGCUGGACACCGACAUUCUCAUGGGGUCUAAUUGUGGCCUGCGCACCAUUCUGGCCCUGACUGGGGUUUCCACACUGGAAGAGGCGAAGGCCCAUCAGGAAAGUGAUUCCCCGGAACGCCACAAGUUGGUCCCAACUUAUUAUGUUAAUAGUGUGGCUGAUUUACUCCCAGGACUUGAAUGACAGCUCAGGACCUGCUGAUAUUAUGUACUGUACAAUCAAUUAAAACUGAGUACCUCUGAGUGCAAUAACAAAUGUUAAAUGCUUUGUUCAUAGUUUAAGUGAUUGUCUAUAAAGAUUGUGCUAUUUUUGUUAUGAAUGAGCCUGAAAACAUACUUUAACUGCCAAGCCUGAUGCACUUAUGUGUGAUUGGGCUGUAGAACACAGUAAGUUACUAUACCAGUAUGGGUCACCAGGUCUAUUGUUGCUUGCUAGGGUACAGAAAUGCUGGUCUUUCUGUAUCUUACAAGCUGUUUUUCAUUAGCAUCAAUUGAAAAUAAAAUAUUUCUGUUCCACCACA